AUGUACGAAAAAUCUAGUGCAAGUGCAUUGACACUUUCUAUUUUUGCUCUUAAUUUGCCAUGCGUCCGAAGUGUCAGUCCAGACCCAUUUUUUGGUCUUUUCCUUCUAUUUUUGCAUGACACUAUGGAGUAUUGGCGCUUUAGCAUCAGAGAUUUGUAUUUUUUGUAUUCAGUCUCUCAAAUGCGCCUCCAAAUAUGUCAGUCAGGGCCACCAUCUAUGAUGGUCCACCUUAUGUUUUUGCAUGACAAAUUGGAAAUCGACUAUGGACGGCUUCGCAGCUACGUCGUGAUCGACAAACUGAGAUCGGCGAUAAUAGUUGUGUUGCUGGUCCUGUGCCAGUCGCGGGGCAUGUUAGGGUGUUCCGGGCCGUGCAUUGUGCACCCCUCGGACCCCGCACCCCCCCGGGCUUUAGUCGCGCAGUCUGUUAAGCAUGACAAAUUGGAAAUCAUGGCGCUUCAGCAUCAGAAAUUUGUAAUUUGA